AAAGAGAAAUGGAGAAGUAUAUCAGUUUUCUUCUUAGUGAAGAGCCUCUGUCUCUCUGGUUUUCAGUGCAUACAAUAUAAGAAAGGAAAUUAUGAGUUAUAAAAGUGAAGGCAAGUUAAAGUUAGAGACUUUUUCACUGUCUAUCUAUGCUUUAUGUGGAUUGUUUUUGUAGUCUCAACUUCAUCAGUGAAGUUGCGGAGAAGAAAGCCAGGUGGGUUUUCCGUACUUUUUUCCUAUUUCCUGUGGGUCUGUAUUUCUGUCUCAUUGAUCCAUUUGAAUUUUGAUGCAUUGGGUUUUUGGGACCUCAAAACUGGGUCUUGAUUUUUUGUAUUAACUUUUCAGUUGUUUACUGUUCUUGAGGUUCAUUAGGAUGCGUGUAUCGGCCUUACAGUUGUGCACAAUUUUCAGACUUUGAUCAUAAUGGAUACCCUUUGAUACAUUUUGAAGGAUUAAUCACUUGCUGUAUUUGUGACCGCAUUUUCAACUUAGCUCUUGGGUACCCUUGAAUUCUUUAUCAUCCCCGGGCAAGUUUAAACGAAUUUAUGUAUUUAUUUGGGAAAAUCAAAAGGAUCUAUAUCUGCUUUUAGUAUUAUUGUGACCGGACAUUGAAGACAAUUUUCUAUAAUGGGUUCUAUGAAUUAACUUAGUUCUGCACUUAGUUUGGUCUCUAAGCUUCUUGAGUGUGUAAUUUAAGUUGUACUCUCUAGGUUGUUCUGGGAUUUUUGAUUAGUUAUGACGUGGGAAAUUUUUAAUUAGUUAUCAUUUGGGAAAUUUUUAAUCUUGAUCAUCAAUCCAUGUUUUUACAUUUAUUUCUGAAUGUGUCAACAAAAUUUCUUAUUUGGGUUGCCCUUGAUUUUCCCUGCCUGCCUGUAUAAUGGUUCAUUGAUGCAUGCUCAUGGUUUACCCUUCUUCCUCUGAUUAUGUCCAGUUGAUUUUAUUCGAUUGUACUCCUAAUUAUUCCACUGGAAAUUAUUUUUUGGACAGUUAUCUUCUCAUUUGUUCUUUUCUUUUUGUCAUCAGUGCUUACAAGAUGCAUUUCCACUUCCUAUUAUCCAUUAUGUGCACUCAAGCUUUAUCAUUUGUGUAGCUAGGUGGAUGGUCAAUGUUGCUCACAACCUACUUCUUCACUCAUUGGUUACGGUGUUGGUUUGUUUUUUCAUAUGAUAGGUUUUGAACUUAGGAUUUACCUUUUUCCCAUCCUACUCCAGGAUUUAGUGGUUACUACCAUCGAUUUACAGUAAGGAAUUGCUGGUUCCUCUUAAGAGAAGUGAGCUGUUUAGAAUAUUACAGAGGAAGAUAAGCAUGCCACGUGCAAAAAGGUUUGGUAAUAAAGGUUCGUUAGAUUCUGACUCAGUUAGGAGUGCUACAUCUCCCCUAGAUUUCAGAGUUCUUUACAAUCUUAGCAACCCAUUUAGUCUCAAGUCUGGUAGACCAUCGUCACAAAAUGGAAAUCAAACGAAAUGGGAUUGUGGUAAAGAAGGCCUCGGCAUUGUCAAUUCACUCGGUGAUGAAACUAAAGCAACUAGUGAAGUUAUUGGUUCACCAAAGAGGAAGAAUAUAAUUUUUGGAUCACAGGUGAAAACUAUCGUCGCUAACUCCUCAAAGAUUUAUUAUGAUUCAGACGAUUGUCCCAUCAAGUCCAAAUCUUUAAAUAGGAACUACAUAACUCUCGAUCCCCAACACCAAGCAGACAAAGUGAAUGGUUUCUUUGGGAGUGUGGGACGUCCUUUGGAAUCUGAACCAUCUGAAAACAUUGCAUCAUUCUUGUUGAACUCCAGUGGUUCCUCACAAAGUGGCUCUAUGUAUGAUCCAAACUUGAGGUUCAAAAGUCUUGAUUCAGUGGAUAAAACUUUGAGUUCAUCUUUAGUUUUAGGCAGAAGUUUCCAAGUAGAAAAUUCAGUGGGUUUCAAACCCAGUUCACUUCCAGUACCCAUUGCCUCUACCCAUCAAUAUGCAUCCUCUAUCUCUGCAAGAGAGAUAGAACUGUCUGAGGAUUAUACCUGUAUAAUUUCUCAUGGUCCAAAACCUAAGACAACUCAUAUUUUUGGGGACUGUAUUUUGGAAUGUCACACAACUGAGUUAAACAAUUUUGAUGAAGCAAAACUCUGGAUAGAAUCACCUCGAGUGGCUAAGUACCAGGACAGAUUGGCAAAUGAGCAUUUGGAUGAAGCUUUGAGACUCUGUUACACCUGCAAGAAGAACUUGGAUGGAGAAGAAAUGUACAUGUGCAGAGGUGAGAAAGCAUUUUGUAGUUUCGAUUGUCAUUCGGAGAAGAUUUUUGCUGAAGAGGAAAUAGAAAGUACUUGUGAAAAUUCUGCAGGUAGCUCUUCUGAAAGCUACCAUGAAGAUCUCUUCUUAUUCGGCAUGCAUUGUGAGGACAUAGAAUAGUCAUAGGUCUUGCUGUCUAUCAUUUUGAGCUGAUGGAUUUCAAGUGGCUGAACGCCCUGAUCAUCAGUUUUUUUCUUAUUGUUUCCUAAUUCGCCGCAAUUAAGUGUUCAUCUAAGAAGCCCUUUGGACCUGGUGAACUCAUUAGUGAGUGCACGGAAUAUUUAAAUAACACCUUGCCAUUUACUUCUCAUUAUUUCUUGAGGUAUAUAUAUGAUGUUUUAUCUUUGACAACGUAUAUCAUGGAAAGGUCACAGAUUGUUA